AACAAUGUUUUAUUAUUUACACGUCCUUCCUACUAUUAAAAAGAGGUCACCGAGUUGGAGAGGGUGAACAAGAUUCAACAGUCUUCUUGUUGUUUUCAAGAAAAGCAGAUAUGGAAUCUUCGCUGACUCAUGUGAUGCUCGUAUCAUUCCCAGGCCAAGGUCACAUAAACCCACUUCUUCGUCUCGGAAAGCUCAUAGCCUCCAAAGGCCUACUGGUCACUUUUGUCACCACAGAGGAGCCAUUAGGCAAGAAGAUGCGUCAAGCUAACGACAUUCAAGACGGCUCGCUUAAACCCGUCGGUUUAGGUUUCCUCCGGUUUGAAUUCUUCGACGAUGGGUUCUCGUACGACGACUUGGCCAAAACUGGUUCGUUGCUCACAAAGCUUGAAGCCGCCGGAAAACGAGAGAUCAAGAAUCUCGUCGAGAGAUACGAGGAAAAGAAGCAACCGGUGAGGUGUCUUAUAAACAACGCCUUUGUGCCGUGGGUAUGUGACGUGGCCGAUGAGCUUCAGAUCCCUUCCGCUGUUCUUUGGGUCCAGUCUUGCGCCUGCUUUGCGUCUUAUUAUUAUUACCAGAACCAGUUGGUUAAGUUUCCGACCGAAACAGAACCGGAGAUCGACGUUGAAGUCCCCUUCAUGCCACUAGCGUUGAAGCAUGACGAGAUCCCAAGCUUUCUCCACCCUUCCUGUCGAUUCACCAGUGUUACGAUUUGAUCUUGUGAUAUUUGAUUGAUUUGAGUUGUGCGAUCGAGUUUGUUAGAUGCUUUAGUAAAACGAAAGUGCAAGAGAGCUUUGGUUACCCAGUUCGCUUUCGCUACGUCUGGGGGGAGUCAAUACUCCCAAUCCACUAAGCUUAAGAUCGCAGUUUACAACUCAAGCUUAUACAAGAUUCUCUCAAACAUUAACUACGAAUCUUGUUGUUUCAGGAUCGGAUCUUAUCUCGCGAUGACAGAGACUCUGCUCGAGCUACCGGAAAAGCACCUCUGCAACUUCAGUACUCGCCGGAGAAUCACCGGAGAAGAUGACCACACGUUUCGCUCUCUCGACUCUGACCUCUGCUCAACAACUCGAGAGCAGAUCAGUUUGUUACGUCUGUUACAAUGAGACGUCGUCGUCUCAUUUAACUGACUCCUCUUCGAUGAGCUACAAGACUCAAGGCCCAGCUGCAUCCACCUGAUUCACCAAGCCCAAAAUUCAAGCCCAUGAGUUCACGGUUUCUGCAUAAGCCCACAAUUCUCCACCUUGUAGAAAUCGCCGACUCAUCACUCUCAGACCACAUCUGAAACUUUACCAAACCUCUGUCGAACUCCAUUUCGGUUUCCUUCUCCCUCUUCCUGAAUCUCUAUUCUGAUAAAAAAUACCUUUAACCAGAAUCCUCCACCUCAAGACAACUCCCUCUUCAACUUUUUACCACUGAACUGUCGUAUCCUCUAUACUCAGCUCAGCUCAACCAAUCGUUCUCCUGUUGUUCAUCUCGCCUCUCAAGACAAACACGACGACUCUGGAUCUGAUCAGAACUACCAACGCAACUCAGGUAACGAAUCGGAGCUCCUCAGCAGUAACCGUAGCUAUGGUUUCUACUCUCGUACCUUCACAGACACUAGAGCUCUCUCCAGCGUCUUUCCAGACUGAUCAGAUCCAAAACAAGAUAGGACGAUAGCAGCUUCAAGAUCCUAAACCAGCAAACGCACCGCACAAGAAUCAACCAGAUAAGUUUCGAACCUUACGCUGAUCUUCUUCUCUCUAUGUAUUUGCUUCCUGGUUGAUGAGAAACGGUAGAUCCGGUUCACAAACCAAGCACCGAUCACAACGCAGCUCUGAUACCACUUGUUACGAUUUGAUCUUGUGAUAUUUGAUUGAUUUGAGUUGUGCGAUCGAGUUUGUUAGAUGCUUUAGUAAAACGAAAGUGCAAGAGAGCUUUGGUUACCCAGUUCGCUUUCGCUACGUCUGGGGGGAGUCAAUACUCCCAAUCCACUAAGCUUAAGAUCGCAGUUUACAACUCAAGCUUAUACAAGAUUCUCUCAAACAUUAACUACGAAUCUUGUUGUUUCAGGAUCGGAUCUUAUCUCGCGAUGACAGAGACUCUGCUCGAGCUACCGGAAAAGCACCUCUGCAACUUCAGUACUCGCCGGAGAAUCACCGGAGAAGAUGACCACACGUUUCGCUCUCUCGACUCUGACCUCUGCUCAACAACUCGAGAGCAGAUCAGUUUGUUACGUCUGUUACAAUGAGACGUCGUCGUCUCAUUUAACUGACUCCUCUUCGAUGAGCUACAAGACUCAAGGCCCAGCUGCAUCCACCUGAUUCACCAAGCCCAAAAUUCAAGCCCAUGAGUUCACGGUUUCUGCAUAAGCCCACAACCAGUUUGGCAGACCUCAUUUUACAACAGAUCGAGCGACUUCCAAAGGCCUUUUGUGUUCUCAUAGACACUUUUGAGGAGCUAGAAAGAGACAUCAUCGAGAACAUGUCUCAGCUCUGCCCUGAAGUCAUCAUCAGUCCCAUCGGACCGCUCUUCAUGAUGGCUAAAACCACAAGCUCUGAUAUCAGGGGAGACAUCUCUGACUCUGUAAAUCAGUGCAUGGAGUGGCUUGACUCGAAAGAUCCAUCCUCCGUCGUUUACAUCUCCUUUGGGACUGUAGCCCACGUGAAGCAAGAGCAGAUCGAGGAGAUCGCUCACGGCCUUCUAAACUCCGGCUUAUCUUUCUUAUGGGUGGUUCGGCCUCCUAUGGAAGGGUUAUCGCUAGAACCACAUGUCUUGCCUCGAGAGAUCGAAGAGAACGGAAUGAUCGUUGAAUGGUGUCCACAAGAGAGAGUGUUGGCUCAUCCUGCGGUUGCUUGCUUCCUAAGUCACUGCGGAUGGAACUCAACCAUAGAGGCUCUCUCUUCUGGCGUUCCCGUUGUUUGUCUACCGCAGUGGGGCGAUCAAGUGACAAAUGCUGUAUACUUGGUUGAUGUGUUCAAGACAGGAGUGAGGCUUGGCCGCGGAGAGGCUGAUGAGAAGAUUGUUUCUAGGGAGGUCGUGGAGGAGAAGCUACUUGAAGCGACGGUUGGAGAGAAGGCGGUGGAGCUGAGAGAAAAUGCUCGGAGGUGGAAGAAGGAGGCUGAGACUACCGUGGGGUAUGGUGGAUCAUCUGAUAAGAACUUUGGUGAGUUUGUGGAUAAGUUGGUUGCCAACAUAUGGUGAGAGAAGUACCGGGAAACACACAUUAAAAUUGAUUGACAACCAAUGAUUUCUUUUUAAAAAUGUGAUUAAACCAAAAAGGAUAAAUAUGCAAACUAUAAUGUUUUUAUUUAAAUGUGUGUGUGUGUGUGUGUGUGUGUGUGUGUGUAUGUGUGAUAUGUUUAAUAGACACAUCAAACUAGUUGUUUACAAGAAGUUUUUCAAGGUUGAUAUGUAUGAAAAAGUAUCAUUUUGGUUUGAUCUGUCAAAGAAAAAAAUUUAAAGAGUGGAAACAUGAACGUUCA